AAACUUUCUUUACAAGAAUUUAUAUUCAAGUUAGUUCUACAAAGAUCUUAAUUUACAAGGCUUUAAAUUCAAGUCACUUUUAAAAAUAAUACCAUAAACUUUAACAUUAUAUUCCUUGAAUUGUUUAAAACUAAAUCUUGGUGUACUAGAGGGCUUAACUAGCAGAUAUUGCGGAUUCUUUUCAACUCUCAUAGCCAUUAUUUCUUUUAUACAUUUCAAAUCUCUUUAAGUAAUAUCUUAUAAAGAUUUUCAAAGGUAAAUAUUUUUCUUUACUCCUCUUCUUUUGGGAUAUAUAAAGAAAAUACCUAAAUUAUUUUUAUUUUGGGUUUUUAACUGGAUUAUUCUAAUAAAAUUUUUGACUAUGAAGCGAUGAUCUAACUUCUUCCAGUUUCAUUGUAUCUUUGCCAAUAAUGAACGAUUGCACGAAAUUUUCAAAUAAGUUCGACAUAGAUACCAACAUGAUUACUGUAGUGUCUUCAUCCUCCACCUUAACAUCGAUGUUACACAUCUCUAGUAGUAUCAAAUUUAACUUGCCAGGAUGGUCGCAAAUCUCAAUAUAUAUAUUUUUGCAUAUGCAAGGCAAAGAGGCGUUGCUUUAGAAGUAACUUGUUUACAAACUCUCUAACUUCUGUCACAAACUAGCAAUAGUUUUCUCAUCCGAUACUUCGAUGAUGAACUCAUCUGUUAAACACAACCAAAAUUUAGAGAAUGCCUUUUCUUCCUAAGUAUCUAAAACAGCAACAUUAGACUUCUUUCCUGACAGCGGCCCGCAUAUGCCAUGGUGUUUCGGAAACGUUUGCAAUACUAGAGAUUGAAGUUAUUUCUCCCAUCAAACUUUUCUAUCUUCGCAUUUAUACCAGCCAUCUUCUCACCAAAUCAUAGACCCGAAGCUGUGAUGCCACUUUGUUGUUACAUACAUGAAAAUGAACAUAUGCAAAAACAGAUGGAUAAAGCGAUGUAACAAAGACAAAAAGGUUUAAUGUGGUCCAAUUUGGAUACGUCCACAGAAAAAGUGAGAUUUUAUUAUUAUAGGCGAUAUUAAGCUUAUCGAGUACAAAUAAAAGUUAUUUUGAAUACAAAAUAUAUAUACACCAGUAUCAUGCAUCUUAAUACUUUAGUACAUACAACCUCAUGGAACUAAACUCACUAUCAGGUGUAACAUCCACAACAAUUUGAUAUAACACAUUUGAUGUAAUCCAGUAUGUAUGUACUUGAUUCAACAUCCAUCGCUUAGUUGCAACAUCCGAAUUCAAGAUAAAUCAAUAUAUUUAAAUAGUCAAACAUGCAACUAAAUUUUUUAUUUUUAUUUCUACAACUAACUUAUUCUUCAAAAAUAAAUUGAUUUUGGAGAAAUUUUUAACGAGGGUGUUAAUCAGCCAUUUCUAAUUAUUUCUCUGUUUUACAAAUAGUAUCAUUUGAUACUUUUUUGUUACACAAAGAUUGACAUUUAUAUUUUAAAGCAAUUUAUACUUAUUUGAAGUUUAAUAUUAAUUAUAAAAUAUAUUGAUUCUACAAAUAGUUUUAUUUAUCUCAAAUACUAGUGGUUAAAUAGAUUUAAUUAAUAAAAAUAGUAAUAUAUUUUAAUAUUUUAAUCUAUAUGAAAAGUGUUAAAGUGAUGAUACUCUUUAGAAGAAGUAGAAGGCUAGUUUGAUUCUUUGAAGACAAGACAUGUUAUUUAAGAAAAGGAAACAAAAUAUGUUUAUUAGUUGUUGGCAAAAAAACAUAUUAUUUGUCGACUUGUGAGUUGUGACCCGUGAAGGAGUAAAUGUUGGUCGAAGAAAUAGCGCGUAUCGGGGAAAGAAAGAAAGAGAUGAUAAAAACAGAAGAAGAUGUUUGUGUAAUGCGAACCACGACGUUCACAUGCUAUGUUUUGCCGUAAGCAAAUAAGCAUCAUAUACCUCUUAUUUAUUACUUUCCAAUUUUUUUUUUUGUUAUUUACAAGAGCAUAUUAGAAAACCCUGUCUGUCUUAUUCUUAUUUUCAAAGAAACAAGGUGACCAUGUUUGAAAGCUAUUAAAAUUGGAUAGAUGCUAUAUAUAUUGCAAACGAUUGCUAUGUACUAUAACAAAUUAAAAUAAAGAUCUUGAUAGUUAUUGGGAACAAAAUAAAAUUUUAACCAUAAAGUGAUAGUUUAGUAAUAAAAAUCUUGUAGGCGAACUUUGGAAUUGCCAAUCAACAUAGAGUUGAUGGCAUUCCACUACACUUUACUUUGUGACUAUACAAAUAUAAAUUUAUUUUAUGGUCCAUUUGAAUAGCUAGAAUGAAAGUCCAUUUGUAGAUCAUACCACUCGUUCGUUCACAUGGAUGCGGAGUUACCAACAUGAUUUACAGAGUUAUCAUGAGUCUGUAAAUUUCUUGCUGUCAAAAAAAAAAAAAGACCAUACCACUCGUUUAGAGAUUAGUUUGGACAUCUACAUGAACUUGAAAUAUACUAAAGUAAAAAAACAGAGUAAAAUUUUGGAUAAUCAGAUGCUUUAUACAAUUUAUAUUUAGAUUGAUUGUGAUUUUUUUUUGUCACAGUUUGAUUGAUUGUAAUUUUAAUUGGAUAUAAUGACGUUAACAGAAUUAGUUGGUAUAAUUAAACUAUUGUUCACACCAAGUGAAAUUCAGGCUAACGACAAUCUUAUGACUUUUUAAAAAGGUUGUGCUCUAUCAUCUCUAACUUAUGUUUGGAAGAUUUUCAGUUUUGAAAAAUGUAAAUGUCAGCUUAAAAUUUUCAAAUUCUAGUUCCAUGAAGAACAAAUAUUGUUUAAUCAUACACAUUAAAUUCUAUACUAUUUUCAACGAUAUUAAAAUUUUAGUAUAAUUUGCUUUUCUCAACAACAUAUCAGGUCUAAAUUAGAUACCAAACUACUAACAUAAACUGAUGAGUUACAUGUUUAAUGUUUUUUCAUAUAAAAUAUAUAAAAAAUUAACUAAUGAUGCUGUGUAUUUUUCAUAUCAUUUCAUUUAAUUAUCAUAAAUUCAGACUUGUUGGAUGGCAAACAAAUUGAUAAAGAAAAAUUGGUUAUAUACAUUAAGUUGUCUAUCAUUUUUAAAUUUUAUAUUCAAUAAAAAUAUUUUAACAUUUGAAUUUAUGGUUUAGUAAUUAUUGUUUAAGAUUUAGGUUUAUAAAUUUUUAUAAAUGUUUUAUAAACUAUCCUUAAACAUUAUAAAUAAUUUAAAAGAGUUAAUUUAUUUUUUGUCAAAAAUUUGAAGUAUUUAAUAAAAUAAUUAUCAUUUAAGGAUAAAUUUUUAAAAUAAUAACAAACUUGUUACAAAAUUAAAAAUUUCGUAAGCAAACUAAUAAAGAAUUUUUUAAUUAAAAAAACGCAAAAGUUAGCAAAUGAACAAACAACAAUAACAGCUGUCCCUUUGCUCCACUCUCUCUCUCUCUCUAAAGAAGGAUAUCAACAAUUCCUAUAUUAGGAAAGCAAAUAAACAAUUAAAUUAAGCUUCAUUUUUAAACUUAGUAAUAUAUUACUUUUUUCUUCACUUUCUCUUGUGCAUUAUUGCAGCAGCAGCCACUCUCGUUGUCUCCACUUUCUCUCGCUAAACCCAUCAACUCUCUUUCUCACUUGUCAAUAUUUUGUAGAUUUCGCUCUUCUCUUUUUUGAGUUUCUUCUACUGACCAUUGUGAGUGAAGAAGGAGAAGGAAAAAAGCUUUAAAUGGAUUGGAACUUCAAACUCAGCUCCGGUUAUUUCUCUGAAUUCGACCAAGAAUCUGUACCGGAUUUAACCCCAGUCGAUGCAUCGAUCUCGUUCGGUGGGUCAUCCUCACCACCAAGAAGAUUGCAGCCAAAAGGAGAUUUACCAUUUGAUCUGAAACUUGGAAGAAACAUCGGACACUCCUCUUCUUCCUCCUCCUCCUCUGCUUUUGGCAAGACAGAGAAAGUGAUAAGUCUUAGUAAGUUGAAAGAGAGCGCCUCUGAGGCUUCAAGAAGCUCCAAGAGGACAAGAGGGAACAACCAGAUCCCGAUUUGUCUGGUUGAUGGAUGUGAUUCUGAUUUUAGUAACUGUAGAGAGUAUCAUAAAAGACAUAAAGUCUGUGAUGUCCAUUCUAAAACUCCUGUGGUUACAAUCAAUGGUAAUAAUCAGAGGUUUUGUCAACAAUGCAGCAGGUUUCAUGGUUUGGAAGAGUUUGAUGAAGGUAAGAAAAGUUGUAGGAAACGUCUUGAUGGACACAAUCGAAGAAGACGGAAGCCUCAGCCCGACCAUACCGAUCGUACUGCAACUUUCUUCCAAGGUAGCAAAUUGCUGGAUUUUUCAAGCUCUCCACACGUGUUUCCAACUACAUCUGUUGUGAGUCCGAGCUGGGGAAGCGGUCCUGUAAGCGUAGCUAUGGCCAAUGGUUCAAGUUACGGGCAGAACCAGAGCUAUGUUGGUUCUUUUCCUGCAAAGACAGGCAUUACGUUCCCGAUAUCUUCUUCUCCAAACAGCAGAGGGAAACAGUUCCCUUUCUUGCAAGAAGAAGAGGACAGCUCGAGAAUGACGAGUUGCAUCCAUGACUCUGAUUGCGCUCUCUCUCUUCUGUCAUCAUCUUCCUCUCAUUUGCUUCAGCCACAGCCACCACUUUCUUUGUCCCAAGAGACUGUUUUUUAUGGGUCCGGUUUGUUUGAGAAUGCGAGUGCAGUCUCUGAUGGAUCCGGUAAUGAGGCUGUACCUCUUCCACAAACCUUCCCUCCGUUUCACUGGUAGAUAGAAUCAGAAAGAUGUUUGUCUGCGUCGUCUCGUUCUCUAUUCUCUUCUCUUUCUCUCUAGUUUUUCAAAGUUUUGUAAUUUAUAAGCAGUACACUGUUGUAGCAUGAUGCAAGUUUCAAUAAUUACGUUUAAAGCAGAACUUUACUAAA